AUGGCGCCGCCAAACGGCAAAGGCCCCGCCGCCAAUGCAGACCCAGAAGAUUCUGACAACGAGUCAAUCACUUCUAUUCAAGAAUACGAACUGGACAAUGGCAUUCCUCAGCCGGAGGACCCCUUCAUAGCCAAGUACCUCGCUGGCCGACAGGCACUGAUACAGCAGGAAAAGCGUCUCCGCCACGAUGUCGCUUUCCGCCGCUCUAUGACACCGCUCGCACGCCAGGCCAGUAAAAUCCUCGCCGCCAUCCGGAAACGCGAGUUACGUGAUGUCUGGACGAACGAGUUUGAGGAGAGCCUGAUGGACGCUAACGGCGGCAACCUGUACCCUGGCAUGAUGUUUGCGCUUGGGCGGGACAGGAUGGAGGCGACGGAUGUGUGGAAGUGUAUUGAGGGGAUGCCGAAAGGGGCGUUGUUGCAUGCGCAUUUGGACGCCAUGAUUGACAUAGGGUGGUUGGUCGAUCAGGGGUUGGCGGAGCGGGGCUUGUGUCUGGUUGCAGCGCAAGGGUUGAGCAGUAAAGAGCGGAGAGAGAGCGACUAUGUUGAGGUGCGAUACUAUCCUGAGGACGAGGUCAAGCAGCUGGCCAGGAAGGGUGAUGAGGGUAACAUCUGGUCAGAACGAUAUGUGGCAGGUACGCCGCUACCGAUCAGAGAGGCCCAGAGGAUGUUCCCAGACAGCGAGACGACCUUCAAGAAGUGGGUGGUCAGCAGGUGCACCGUUACCGCGGAAGAAAGUCUUAUGCAUCACCACGGGUUGGAUGCCGUGUGGCGGAAGUUUCAGCGCUGUUUUGUCACGAUUGGGCAGUUUUUGUUCUACGAGCCGAUCUUUCGGAGAGCCAUGCAGAGAUUACUCGGACAGCUGGCGGCAGACGGCAUCAUGUAUGUGGAUUUCAGGGUGGCGUUCAAGUUCCCAUGGCGAGGGGAGAAGAGGCAGAAGGAUGAUGGCGGGAAUUAUGAAGGCUUUUUCACGGCGUUUGGAGAAGAGAUUGAGAAGUUCAAAAAGUCGGAGCAUGUGAGAUCAUUCAAGGGGGCCAGGAUGAUCUGGACGGUGGUUAGGAGGUCUGACACGAGGGAGAUCGCCGAGUCGAUGAAGGAGUGCGUGCGGAUAAAAAAGAAGUUCCCACGGCUGCUUUGUGGCUUUGAUUUUGUUGCGCAAGAGGACAAGGGCAGAACGCUGGCCGAUCUGACACCAUUGGUCUUCUGGUUCAGAAAGCAAUGCAUGGAGGCGGGCGUCGACAUACCAUUCUUCUUUCAUGCGGGUGAGUGCCUUGGCGAUGGCGACAGCACUGACAACAACCUCUUCGAUGCUAUCCUACUCGGCACACGGCGGAUAGGACACGGCUACUCUCUCUACAAGCACCCACUAUUGAUCGACAUGGUCAAGGAAAAGAAGAUUCUGAUCGAGAGUUGCCCUGUAUCGAACGAGAUUCUCCGGCUAUCGAGCUCAAUACUGGGCCAUUCACUACCUGCCCUACUAUCGAGAGGGGUAUCGGUUUCGCUCAACAACGACGAUCCGGCCAUCCUCGGGCACGGCAAGAAUGGCCUCAGCCACGAUUUCUGGCAGUCAUAUAUGGCGUUUGAGAACAUGGGUUUGGAAGGCUUGGGCACUAUGGCUGAAAACUCGCUCAAGUGGUGUGCGGUGGAGGAUCAGAAGACGCCAGAAUGGAUCAAGGGCAUCAACGACGGCUACAUGGGCAAGACAGCUAAAGCUCAAAUGCUCAAGGAGUGGCGGCGAGAGUUCGAGAAAUGGUGCCAGUGGAUCGUUAUGGAGUACGCGCUGGAGGCCGAGGACAGCGAUGAGGCCGAGGAUGAAGAUGACGACGAUGACGAUGACGACGAAGAAUCUGAUGAUGAAUAA